AUGUCGAUGUCGGAUUCCGAUACGUCGUCUCAAGGAGGCAACGAAUAUAAAAACUUCAGACAAAUUACUCGUGAUCCAAGUUUUACAAUUGUUGAUCAUGCUUCUGGAGAUCAACCGCUUUAUAAUGAAGACAAGACAGUUAUUGUCACGGUUAAUGGGGAGAUAUACAACCAUAAAGCUUUAAGGGAGCAACCGAAGUCUCACAAGUUCAAUACUGGAAGUGACUGUGAAGUGAUUACCCAUCUUUAUGAGGAAUAUGGAGAAGACUUUGUGCACAUGUUGGAUGGAAUGUUCUCUUUUGUGCUUCUAGACACUCGUGAUAAAAGUUACAUAGCAGCUAGGGAUGCUAUUGGGAUCACCCCACUCUACAUGGGCUGGGGCCUUGAUGGUUCUGUGUGGUUUGCUUCAGAAAUGAAAGCUUUGAGUGAUGACUGUGAACAGUUUAUGUCAUUCCUUCCUGGCCAUAUAUAUUCUAGCAAAGUCGAACGCAUUCCUUCAACUCCAUAUGAUUCCCUACUCCUACGCCAUGCCUUUGAAAAGGCCGUAGUUAAGAGGCUAAUGACGGAUGUGCCCUUUGUGGGGAUCACAGCUGCAUACUUUUUGGCUUUUUGCAUUGGAUUGAAGGGUUCUCCUGAUUUGAGUGCUGCCAAAGAGGUAGCUGAUUAUCUUGGCACUCGCCACCAUGAGUUUUACUUUACUGUCCAGGAACAUGAGAGAGAACACUUCUCACAGUUUAUAACAGAGGGUUUCACUUCUUAUUGCAAGAGAAUCCAGAAGAAGGUUUUGCAGAACUAG